AUGUUCAGACAGCCACUCCCUCCGCAACUGCCCAGUGUUCAUACGAAAGGAUGUCCGCCAGCACCGAGAGCUGGUUUCGCAAAAACGGUUGUGUUGGAACUGUCUGAGCUUCGGUCACCCAGCCAGGAAGUGUGUAUCGAAGUUCACGUGUCGAUGUCGUCGAGUCCUGCCAUUACGGGAUCAUCACAACAAUCUCCACCGGUUCAACAGCCGCAUUCGUCCAGUUCGGGUUCUGCUCCACCGCAGGUCAGCAUGGUGGUCCAAACCGCAUGCAGUAUGGUUCUACUGGAAACGGUUGUUCUCAACGUUGUUGAUGAUCAUGGCAGGGAACACAAGGCUCGUGCUCUACUCGACUCGGCGUCAAUGUCCAAUUUCAUCUCCGGUCAGUUAGCGAAGGUUCUCCUCAGCCGUCGCACCAAGGUGGACAUUUCGGUCGCAGGAAUCGGUCUCUCAACGCAAAGGAUGAAAAAUGCCAUCACCGCCUCCAUUGAAUCGAGAACUCAGCCAUUUUCCACGAAGCUCGAGUUUCUCAUUCUGGAGCAGCCAUCCGCAGAGCUGCCGACCAUGCCGGUCGAUAUGUCGGCGUGGAAAUUCCCGCAGGUUGGAUUAGCAGAUCCACAGUUCCAUGCCCCAGGAAGGAUUGACCUCGUCAUCGGUAGUGAGGCCUUCUGGGAACUUCACACCGGUAGGAAGAUCUCGCUCGGUAACGGUCUUCCAUGGGUAGUCGAAACACCAUUCGGAUGUGCAGUCUCUGGUUCCGCGUCCAAUGGAUCUACCUGCAUUCCCCGGAUCUGCAAUCUCUCCAUUACCAAUGAAGAUUUGGAAGCCGCACUUCAGAAGUUUUGGGAGUUAGAAGCGAUUUCCACUGGGCCUGCACACUCACCCGAAGAAAAUCGCUGUAAAGAGUUGUACUCCAGUACAGUCAAGCGUGAUUCGACUGGAAGGUACGUCGUACGUCUUUCUCACAACAAAGAUCCAGAAGUCUUCCAGGGGGCCUCCAGAGCCAUCGCAGAACGCCGUUUUCACAGCCUGGAGCGCCGUUUGCAACGAGAUUCUGCAAUCAAUGAAUCGUAUCAUCGCUUCAUGGACGAGUACCUACAGCUCGGUCACAUGAGAAGGCUUGACGAGCCUGUAGAUGACGUGAAGGCGCACUGUUAUCUCCCACAUCAUCCCGUUUUCAAAGAGUCGAGCACCACGACGAAGGUUAGGGUCGUUUUCGACGCGUCCUGCAAGACGGCGUCAGGAUAUUCGCUGAACGACACGCUGUUGGUCGGACCCGUAGUUCAGCAAGAUCUACUCUCCAUGACAGUAACGUACGGAACAGCGAGCGCUCCGUACCUAGCUACGCGUACUCUGCAGCAGAUUGCACAGGAUACCAAGCAGUUGUAUCCAAUCGCGAGUGGGCCAGUUACGGAAGACUUCUACGUCGACGAUUUUCUUUCUGGGGCGCCGGACGUAGAAUCCGACAUCAAACUGCGUCGUCAGGCAUCGCAGAUUGCACAGGAUACCAAGCAGUUGUAUCCAAUCGCGAGUGGGCCAGUUACGGAAGACUUCUACGUCGACGAUUUUCUUUCUGGGGCGCCGGACGUAGAAUCCGCCAUCAAGCUGCGUCGUCAGGCAUCGGUAAUGCUAGCUUCCGCUGGACUACAGCUCAAGAAAUGGGCAUCGAAUUCUCCUGAAGUUCUUGGGGAUAUACCACCUGAUGAUGUGGCAAUUCAGCCGUUUCCCAAUCUUCAAGAUGACCAGGCCGUAUCCACGCUCGGCCUCAUUUGGGAACCGAAGUUGGACAUACUUCAGUUCAAGGUUCAGCUGCCGCUAGCUGCAUCCGUCCUGACGAAGCGCAAGGUGAUGUCAUAUAUCGCCCAAAUUUUCGAUCCACUCGGACUCGUGGGUCCAACGAUCACCAAGGCCAAACUCUUCAUGCAGCGACUUUGGGCUCUGAAGCAGAAUGGCGAAGCAUGUGAAUGGCACUCGCCGCUCCUGUUCACACUCCAAGAAGAAUGGAAACUGUUCCAUAACACACUACACCUGUUAAGUGAAGUUCGCUUACCCCACUUUAUUUCGAUACCCGACGCCGUCAGCAUCCAGUUUCACUUCUUCUGCGAUGCGUCUGAGCGCGCAUAUGGAACAUGCUGUUACGUCCGAACUGAAGCACACGGCACAGUUUCAGUCCAGUUGCUGGCGUCUAAAUCAAAGGUAGCACCGCUCUCUACUCGCCAUACAAUCUCCAGACUGGAACUCUGUGCCGCACAUUUGUCGACCCAGCUGUAUAAGAAGCUGAACGCGACGCUGAAGCUUCCUGCAACUGUUCAUUUCUGGACAGAUUCCACUACUGUCCUCCAAUGGCUUCCAGAAGCUUCUGAAGUGUCCGCCGAAGGACGCAAGAUACCACUAGUUGCCAUGACCACGACACAACUGAGUUUCUGCACCGAUUUAUUCGCUCGCUACUCCAACUUCUGCAAGCUGCGCCGACUGACAGCGUUCAUUCAGCGUUAUCUGCACGUGCUUCGUGAACGAGCCUCGCAACGUAGUUCGGAAAAGAAGAAGUACAACAGUCCAUCCGGUAAACUUUUCGCUGAGGAGAUUUCCGAUCUCGCUAGUGGCGAACGUGUCGCACGAGCUUCCACGCUGAAGUGGUUGAACCCGUUCGUCGAUCCCGAAGGCACCGUACGUGUCGGUGGCCGGCUUCGCAAUGCCGCGCUGACCGAUGCGAAGAAACACCCGAUCGUCCUCUCUGCCAAGCAUCCGCUCGCUGUUCUGUUGGCUAGUUUUUAUCAUUUGAAGCUACUGCACGCAGGUCCUCAACUCCUGCUAGCCACUCUCCGCCAGAACAAGCCCACACUAGUCCAGCAAACCACAGCAGAUCUUCCGGCAUCGAGAGUAUCUCCAACCCGACCGUUUUCUGUCUGCGGAGUCGACCUUUGCGGACCCUUCUAUUUGAAGUCCGCCGUCCGCAACCGUGGGCCAACCAAGGUGUACGUGGCCAUAUUCGGCUGCUUCUCUACGAAGGCAGUUCAUAUCGAGCUAGUGAGUGCAGCUAGGAACGCUGGAGUAGACAGGUCGACUCCAGCGUUCCUAGCUGCACUCCGUCGUCUGGUCGCCCGCAGAGGAAAGGUGGUAGAGUUGCAUUCUGACAACGCUACCUUUUUCAAAGGUGCAUCGAAUGCACUGAACCGCAUCUACCGCAUGCUGAAGGUCGAUGAGUCUGAUCGGAAUCAGAUCUUCGACUGGUGCUCCGACAACGAAAUUUGCUGGAAAUUCAUCCCACCUCGAGCACCACACUUUGGCGGUCUAUGGGAGGUUGCAGUGAAGUCAGCGAAAACACACCUGCUGAAGGCAAUCGGCAACGUGAACGUUGCGUACGAGGACAUGCUCACACUGCUGGCGCAGAUAGAGAUGUGCCUCAAUUCUCGUCCGCUGACUCCAAUGCCGGACGAUCCGUCCAAUCGCGAGGUCCUAACGCCAGGACAUUUUCUCAUCGGAAGUAAUCUCCAAGCUGUUCCAGAAGUUGAUUUGAAGGAGACUCCUGACAACCGCUUGGACCACUGGGAGGUGACCCAGAAACGGUUCCAAAUCAUUUGGUCUCGCUGGUACUCGGAAUACCUGCAACAGCUGCAGUCUCGUGCAACGAAGGGUUGCAACCCGCCUGUCUCCGUCGACGUUGGCAGAGUCGUCAUUGUGAAGGAAGACAAUAUUCCGCCAACCAGUUGGCCUCUCGGCCGAAUUAUCAGAUGUCAUCCCGGAGCCGAUGACAUCGUCCGUUUAGUCACUCUACGAACCGCUGAAGCCAAGGAGGUUGUGCGUCCUGUGGCCAGAAUCACUCUACUACCGACACCACAAACUCAACGAGCCGAGUGA